AAAUGUUCUAUUGUGCGCCAGACACUCUUUUGCAUCGUCUAUACUAAGACCAACAUUUGCUCAUCCCCUGUUUGAGUAUGAACACACCUUUUCCUAUAUCACAAAGGAACUUUAAUACGGUACAUUAUUACCCCAGCCUCUCACUCUCACAUCCAUCACAUAGUGGACAGACUGGUCAAAGCAUGAAACAGUGACUUGCAGCUGCCCCUCCCAAACAACUUCUCACCUCAUCCAGGAUGUCCUUAUUGAUAGUAUGCCUCUGGGCAGUACUCAUGUUGUCCCUUCCUCGUCCCAGUUGCCAAUCAUGCACCAUCGGCUCAGCCAAUGAGUGCAAAGAGGCAGAAUUUGCUCCUGGAACCAACCUAGCAGGGGAAGGCUUUGACAUCACCAAAAUGAAACGCAAAGGAGCCUUUGUCAUUGACAUGAACGUGUGGAAACGCAAAGACAAGACAUGCACCCUCUGUAAGAAUCCCUAUCUGGAAGGGAAAAAACAGAGGCUUCCUUUGGCAGUGGUGGAUUGGAGACCAAACCACCAGUGUAGUAUGAAAGUGUCCAGUAAACUCCAUCGCUCCAGUGAGUCUCUCGUCAGCGCCAGCAGCUCUGCUGUCGAGAAUAACUGGAAGGUCAAUCUAGAGUUAGAGAAGGGAUCAAAAAGUGGGAAGACGAUGCUCGCUGGAACCAACUCCAAAUUGGCUGAGUACUCCAUGGAGAAAACCAAGAGUGACAAGUUCAGUUUCACAAGCCACGGUGUGUCCUGUGGGUAUUACAGCUACAGAGUAUCCGGCCAGCCCAAGUUACACAGAGAAUUCAAGACAGCAGUGAAGAAUCUCCCCAAAAUAUAUCAACAAGAAAACAAACAACGUUAUUACAAGCUUAUUGAUAACUUUGGCACCCAUUACAUUACCAAGGUGAGCCUGGGUGGAACGGUGCAGUCUGUGACCAGUAUCAUGCAGUGCCAGGCCAGCCUGCAGGGUCUCAGUGCAGAGGAGGUGAAGAUGUGUCUGGAUGUGGAGGCAUCUGCCAGUGUGGGUGAUGGCAACAGCUUGCAGACUGAGUACAAGCACUGUCAGGAGGAUAAGUCUAAGACAGAGAGCAAGGCCAGCUUCUCCAGUGUCUUCAAUGAUAGGUUCACAGAGGUGAAGGGUGGCCACACCACAGAACCAGAACUACUCUUCUCUGCUGAUAAAGAUCCCUCCUCCUACAAGGAAUGGCUGAACUCCCUACCACUCUAUCCGGACAUUGUCUCCUAUUCGCUGGAAUCUCUCCAUGAGUUGCUGCCCACCACCAACCCAGUUCGGAAGCACCUGCGCAAGGCCAUCAGCGACUACAUCCUGGAGAAGGCCUUGUGGAAGAACUGUUCUGAACCCUGUCAAACUGGCAUCAAAAGUGACCACAUAGACUCCUGCGUCUGCAGCUGCCACAACAACCCUGGGGUGAGCGUCGACUGCUGCCCCACCCGCAAGGGCCUGGCGCGGGUGGUCAUCACUGUUCAGAGAGGGGCCAACUUGUGGGGAGACCACACCACUGCCACUGACGGCUACGUGAAGGUAGCUUUCGCAGGCCAGAUGAUCGGACGCACUACAGUUAUCUACAACAACAACAACCCAAGCUGGGCAAUGAGCUAUGACCUGGGAACCGUGGAUCUGUCAACCAGUAAGAAGCUGAGAUUUGAGGUGUGGGACGAGGACGACAAAUGGAACGACGACCUGUUAGGAGAAUGUGAGAAGGAGCUGACAGCCGGGGUGAAGGAGGAUCUCUGCAACCUCCAGCAUGGUCAAAUGUUCUACAAGUGGGAGGCGGUGUGUGCCCCCAGUCUGGGUGGCUCCUCCUGUAUGGAUUAUGUGCCCUCUCCUAUGAAUCCCCACCUGGAGAAGGUGUAUGUGUCUCGCCACUCCCGUCUCAUUCCAAAGGACAUGCUGGUGAGUAUGGGAGUGUUGGUGGACGGACCCAAUCUCCAUGCCAACAAGAGCCUCAGUACAGGGAGCAGAGAGUGUGGCAGAUUGUAGAGGUAUGCAUGGUGACCCAUGUCAAAACCCCAGGUAGAUUUCUCCAACCUUUUCAAUAAAAUAAUAAAAUAAAUGUUUUGGUUGAAAAAUGUUUUGUAUAAUGUGUUUUGUUUUCUAUACUGUAUCUUUGAGUAUUAGUUGCUUGUUUUGUACUUGUUUGUGUUUAUUUACAAGGUAGCUUGCAUUCAAGUAAAAAUUGCUGAAUGAUUGGGUUACUUUAUGCAAAAUAAAAUGCUUAUAGGACAUGUAUGUUUCAAAUGCAAAGUUCUCUGAAGUUAACAAUCAGGCAAUAUGUACAUGUUGAUGCAAGAUGAGCACGUGCAUAGCUGUCCUUUCUUUUUAUGUAAGGUGUUGUAUUGUUACGUUAUGUAUUGUUGCAUUUAGUUUCGUUUUGUCUAAGUGAGAUGCCAGUUGUUUGAAGGCACUGUUGCCUUACUUGAGAGAGGAAGGACUAUGGUUUCCUGUGCACGGAUGAAGUUUAGGUGACGCCAUGCAAAAGACGAACAAAGUGUACUGCCGUGUAGACCAGGGGUGUCAAACGUACGGCCCGCGGGCCGGAUCAGGCCCGCAAACGGGUUUAA